AUGGCGUCCGCGACGUCGCAGCGGCACCGCAGCGCCGGGACGCUCGGCCGCGGGCAGGUGCUGGCCUUCGGGUCGCGCACGGCCGCGGCCAAGUCGCCGCAGAAGGCGUCGCGCGGCGUGGGGCGGCGCGGCACGCUCGGCGCGAACGACGUGGACGACUCCGGGCUCGCGGCGCUGCAGGCGGAGGGCGAGGGCGCGGAGGCGCUGGCGGGGCGCAGCGGGAGCGGGACGCGCGGGCAGCGGCGCGGCGCGGGCGGGCAGAGCGCGCACGGCGGCAACGGCCAGGCGCUCGCGGCGGGGCGCCUCCCGCGGAUGCUCGAGCCCGUCACGCCGCAGCGGCCGCAGCAGGCCACGUCGAGCCGCCGGCUGUCGGUGGGGCCCGAGGACGCGCCGCUGCGGGACGCCGUGUCCAAGCUGCACCAGCGCAAGCCGCAGCUGCGCCCCAUCGACAUGAAGGCCGUGAAGGACGUGGGGAUGGACCGCGUGCAGGUGCUCUCGGACCGCCCGCCGCUGCCCGACCACAGCACGACGCCGCCGACGGGCUUCCUGACGGAGCGCGCGAACCGCGACUCGCGCGGCAACGGGUCGUUCGGCGCGGCGACCCCGCACGCGUGGGGCAGCGCGAGCGCGGCGAGCAGCGGGCAGCAGCGCUGGUCGGGCAGCCACGGGAGCUGGGCCAUCAGCCCGACGGCGGACGAGGCGGCCGCGGCGAUGUGGGAGGGCGUCCCGCGGCCGCAGCCGGGCAACGAGGAGCCCGCGCUGCCGACCGUGCGGCCCUCCCCCGCGACGGUCGCGCACGGGGCGCACUACCAGUUCUCGGCGGGGCCGCGCGCGGGGCCGUUCGCGCAGCUGCAGGUGCACGCCACGGACCUGUCGCUCGACAGCGGGAUCGGAGAGUCCCCGAUGGACAAGACCAGCGGCCGCGCGGGGCCGGCGCAGGAGUCGGUCGCGUGCGAGGUGGACGAGUCCGCGAACCUCGCCGCGUCCAACGCGGGCCCGAUGUACCACCUGUGGGGGUCGCAGGCCCUGGGCGGCGCGGCGCCCGACGCCAGCGCGCAGGCGGAGCCCUCGCCCGACAGGGAUGCGCGGCGGCUCGCCCCGGGCCCGCUCCCGCCGCUCGCGCCGGGCGACCCGCGCGACACGCCCGCCCGCGCCGCCGCGGCGUCGCCUGGCGUCGAGCACCCCGGGUCGAAGCAGUCGCGGUCGCGGCGGCGGAUCGCGACGGACGUCAACCGCGCCGCGGAGCUGUCGCGCAUGCAGGGCUGGGACAAGUCGCUCGAGGACGCCGGGCGCGCCGCGCUGACGGCGGCGGGCGGCCUCGGGAUCGUCGGCGUCGGCGUGGACCCGCUGUCCGGCGCGGGGGCGGGCCUGCCGGGCGGGAGCGGCGCGGGCCCGCGCGUGAGCGGCCCACGGCACUCCGGCCCGCGGUCCCCCGGCGCCGCGAUGUACGGGCGCGGCCACCGGCGCUCGCAGUCGGGGUCGUUCUCCCUGCACAGCGACGGCGCGCGCCGCCCGCGCCGCGCCACGACGCCCGUCGGACUCGACCCCGACAGCCCCGACCAGUCCGGCCGGUACCUCCCGCAGGCCUGGCAGACGGGCGCGCCCGGCGGCGACGGCGGCGGCGGCGGCGGCGGCGACGGCCACGCCGCCGCCCCGCCCAACCCGUUCCCCGCCAUCCGCGAGUCGAGCCUGAGUCCCGUGCCGAGCCCGUCGUACGUGUCGCGGCAGCAGCGGUACCAGCGCGUGCAGGAGUCGGUCGCGGCCGCGAACCUCGCCGCGGGCCUGCCCACGGUGCUGGAGUCGGGCUCGCGGGCGUCGCAGGGCACGGCGAGCGAGGGCCCGAGCAAGGUGGUGUCCGCCACCUCCGCCGGCGCCUGGCCGCCGCCCGCCGGGUCCGGGUCCGCGCACGCGAACGCCUCGAGCUCCGGCGACGUCGUCGUGGUCGACGCCAGCGGCAGCCGCACCUCGGGGGGCGUGCAGCGCUCCCCGCUCGGGCUCGACGCGUCCGCGCAGCUCAGCGGCUCCACGGACGCCCCCGCGCCGCCCGCCGCAGCCGACGUCAGCCCCGAGCUCCCGCGCGCGUCCCGCGGCGUCGAGGCCGCGCAGGCGGCCCCGCGCCGACCGCCGCAGCGCCGCCGGCCGCUGCCGCUGCGUCGGCCGGCCUGGGCGACGGGGCCACGCCGCCGCCGCCGGCGCCCGCGAAGGUCGAGGAGCCGACGCUGGUGCUCCCGCAGGGGCAGAAGCUGGAGCUGCAGCGCAGUGGGAGCCCGUCGCACAGCGCGCACCUGCAGGGCCGCCUGGCGCUCGACCUGCUGGGGCAGCUGA